UUGGGCAACUGUGCACUGUGUGAAAGUCUGAAAACAGUCACCUGGUUUUUGUUGUUAUUCUUUUCGCAAAACUGUUUUUAACGCAAAUUUGAUUUUUAAAGUGUUCUCUAAAUUGGAUAAGGCGACGAAAAGGAUUUUGCAAAGGUCGGACUGAAAGGAGCAGGUCGAUGCUUACCGAACAGCUAGGGGACAAAAAUGUGGCUCAAAUUCUUCCAAGAUGCCCAAAUUCCGGCCGACUUUGCGUCAAAGUAUGCCUUGAUAUUUCACGAGAACCGGAUGAGAACCAACAUGCUGCUGGAUAUCAGCAAGGAGUGCUUAAAAGAUAUGGGGAUUGUCGCGAUGGGGGACAUCAUAGCGAUUUUGAAGCACGCGAAACAAGUCCAUGAACAAUCAAAAUAUAAUUUGUACGAGGAUGAUACCAACCAAAACCGAGAUACGUCAUCGUCACCUCCGGUCACCCACAAUAAAGUCAAGAGUCAAGUCGUCGCCGUGUCGGCGCCACAAUCGCGACCAGGGCGGCGAACCGACUACACUAGUCCAACAGCGACGAGAUUAAUUAGUGCGAAGCCGAUUAUUUUGGUCGGUGGGGGCUCAAAUAUUGGCAAGAAACCCAGCAUUUUUUCCAGAUUGGGAGGUCUGGCUGGAUAUUCGGAAGAGGAGCAGAAGAAAAUUGAGAUUAAAUCGGUACAAAAGCAGGAGGAAAUUAAGGCCGAAGUGAAAUUAAAAACUGUCCCGGAAUGUAGAAAGAAACCGGAAGUGGAGGUGAAGAAAACAUCAAUAAUUUCCGCCCCCAAGAAGGACGAGAACAGGGAGGAGUUUCUCAAGAAAACGUUCGAAAUUAAGCAAAAUGUCCCAACUGUGGAAAAAGAACCCGUCGUCAUUCGAUUACUAACGACAGAAAAAUUACCACAGGAACGAAUACAAUCUUCUGAGAGUAAAAUGAACAAUACUCACGUCGCUAAAGCGCCUACUUCCACUCAACCCCACAAAGAAAAAAGUCCGAGAAAAUCCAUGCCUCGUGAAAACAUAGUAAUGAACAAUACUCACUCCGUUAAAGCUGCUACUUCCGCUCAACCCCAGAAAGAAAAAAGUCCAAGAAAAUCCAUCCCUCGCGAAAACUCCGUUAAAAAAGUCUCGAGCUCAAAACUACCCGAAACCAAAACAGCAAGCUCUAAAACUUCUCAAGAUAGUGGAAGAAAAUCACCCCCAAAAUCAGACAAAUCUUCUGGUCAACCUUCCUCCUCGAAAUCAAGUACUCGAACUAUUACACCUCCUCCAAUUGAAGAAGAUUUGUCAGAAAGUGAUAGUUUGAGCUUGUUUUCCUCCUCUUCCGACGAGGACAGAUUUCGAAAAGAAAAAACCAGAUCAAAAUUUCGAACCUAUGAUGACGAUUCGGAUGCAAAAAAGACUGAUGACACCGUUCUGGGGUACACAAGUUCCGGGGUAAAGUACAAGAUCCCCGUUGGAAAAUCAGAGUCACACAGUAUUAUUCCCUCAAAAAAAUCAAGAUUAAGCCCACCCAGUAAAUCUGAAAAUCGUUACCAUGACGACGAUGACGACAAGUGGAAGAGAUCCGUCCCCAGCAGCAAGACGAGUUUAUCAAGGCCAAGUUAUUUAGUGAAAGAUGACAAAAUUAAGUCGUCCUCGAAAUCAACCAAUUCGGGCGAAGGAUAUAAAUCGUCGCACAAUCCAAGAUCUCGAUCUCCAAUCAAGCACAAACCAGUAAUAAAAGAUCUCUUUCAUGAAGUGAUACCCAUGCCGAAAUCAUAUCACAAUAAGUCAGAUAUUAAACCAAAACCGACAUUUAAUGGUGGAAGACCAGAUCCAGAAUUAGUGAAGAGAAAGCUCCAACAAGAUUUAGAAGCAUGUCUCGGUCCCAGAGCUAAAUCGAUGAGGGUGACGGAUCGUGGACGAAUUAUACGAAAUCCACCCUGCACAAUUACCAGUAAUCAACAACGUAUCCCUGAUCGAAGACCGGCACCAGACCGACGAGAUAUCGGACAGGAUAGAAGACAUCAUCAUCACCCUCAUCGGGAAGAACGACGCUCGUCCCUGGAACGACAUUCAAGUUCGGAAAGAUGCCAAAGACCUCCGACAGCGCAACAAGUCGAAUCCGAUCGCGAAUAUUUACUCCGAAAGCAGAAAGAGCUCGAAUAUGAGACCAGGGCGAGAAGAAGGCAUUAGUUUUUUUAGAAAGCUGCAGCCAAAUUUUACCAAAUUCCGAAAUAUUUUUAAUUUCUCGUAUAAAUUGAGAGGUUUAAACCCUAUAAUUUUUAGCUGACUGUGUGGAGCGUUUUUAGUAUUGAAAAUGUUGGUUUUGCAAUAAUUUUAUUAUUUUUAAUUUACAAGCGUGCUGUUUUUGGUUGUGUUGCAAUUAUUUUAUAGGAAAAAUUGACUUUGCGAGCUAAAUAUUAAAAAUUAGUUGUAGGAACAAUUUAGGAAAGCUAGUUACCUUGAAGUUAAGUUAUACGAUCAGCGAUACGGUGCCUUGUUGUCAACCUGACUUAUUAAUACAGAUCAAACUAUGAAAUUACUUAAUAGUAUAACUUUGAUAUUUAAGAGGCUCGUAAUUUUUAAUGUGAACUUGACAUGAAAUGUUUUUAGUAUGUAGGUAAUCCAUAAUAAAGUGUUCAUAAAAAAUA